CGCCGACGACGCUGUGAUCGCUUCUCCUGUGCUUUGAUACUUCUCCUUCGUGUCUCGUCGAUCACGUAACCAUGUGAUCGUCGCUCUCCUCGAUAUUCAUCCGACCAUGGAUGAUCCAUAAUAAUCGAGCGUAACGUCUCUUUGCUAUAUAAUACGUUUUAAUGGCUUACGAAAUCUAAAGUUUAGUAGCUUAGGAGAAAUGCAAUUUUAAAAAUAAAAUAGUUGUUCGUAAAAGAGUUUGAAAAACUUUCCAAUCAAACAUGUGGAAAGGUUACAUCGAACGAUGAUUUUGUGCAUUGAAAGAAUAUGGAUGAUGUUUGUCGUCGUUUGCGCAAAAGAUGAACAGAACUUUUCCACGCUUGCUGUCACGUGUAUAACGUGAAACGGAAAUAAGAAACGGAAUAAAAGUGGUACGUUUUGCGCGUAUGAUUACGUCGGUGCGUGAUGUUAUUAUGUGAGACAAUGCGGUGGGGUGAUGGAUCGUGUGAUUUGUUGCGAUGCAAGUUUUUCGUUCUUUUGGUUCUCGUUGGCUGCAGCGAUGGAUACUUGAACAUUUUUAUCAGCCAGGCUCAGGUUAUGAAACUGUUGGGGCUCGAAGCUGAGUUAUACUACGUCAGGGAAGGAGUGGUUAAUACGUAUGCGAUGAAUUUCGUUGUGCCUGUGCCUGCAUACAUCGCGGAUCUCGAAUUCUCUUGGCAGAGUCUUGCCGGACAUUCAUUACCGUACUCGAUGGAAUUGGAUUACGACGUAGUCGGUGUUCCGGGCGGUGUUUCCGGAAUGAUGGCACUGCUUCCUCCCAGAGUGAACGUGUCGGCUAGGGGAGAGGUGCCAGUCACACUGCAAGUCUUUAGGAUCAGGCUACCGUGCUCGGGUCUCGUGAGUGCGCAAAUUCCUUUGGCUUUGAGGUUGAACGUCACAGCUCCACCUGGUACCAAAUACAACGAUACCAUUUUAGUAUUCAAGAGAAACAAGAUUUGUUUGAAAGGAGUGCAAGCACCUCCCAGAAACGAUUCGGUACGUUUGGAACCAGGACCUUUGGUGAAUGGUGCUGGAGCUCUUUAUAUCGCCGCAACAUGUGCGUGCGCCUUGAUAUUAGUCGUUGGAAGCGUAGCAAGCGCCUUGUACAUUCGCAACAGCAAGGCUCGCAUUCAAGAAUCCCAGAAAACACUGCCCUGCUGUAGCUAUUCGGCGGCAGACACCGGCGGCUUAGCCAGAAGUUCUGUGCUGGUUAGGGUCGACCCACGACCCGGAAGCGCGAAUUCCGGAAGUUACGCAACCAUUGCCGACCUAGAGCCACUCUAUGCGAGACCUUGCGGUUCCAGAGCGAGUUACUACGCUUCCAGCCAUGUGACGCAUCUGAGCCAGUCGACCGAUCCUUGCGAGAAGGCUAGGGCACUCGCGGUAUCGAGGUCUGCGCUCUACUGUCGCAAUCUCGUACAGGAGGGCACCUUCGGACGCGUCUACAAAGGUACCUUGGAAUUGGUUGGCCGUGAACAAGAAGUCAUCAUAAAGACAGUCACAGAAGUGGCAUCGGCUUAUCAAGCCUCUUUGCUGGUGGUCGAGGGCUCGCAGCUGGCAGGAUUAGUGCAUGCAAACAUAGCUUCGCUGGCCGCCGCCUGCCUGGAUAGUUCUUGUCCAUUAUUGGCAUACACGAGUUCGCCAGGCGAGUUAAAUUUGAAGUUGUACCUUACCGACGGAAACCAUCAUCCUGGGACCAGGGACUUGGUGCACGUUGGCGCGCAGGUUGCUAGAGCAGGGGCAUUCUUGCACGGUCGAGGGCUCCUGCACAGGGAUAUCGCUGCCAGAAACUGUUUGAUCGAGCCAAGCAGUCUUCGCGUGCGAUUAGCUGAUACGGCUUUGGCGCGAGAUCUCUUCCCUCAGGAUUACCAUUGUCUCGGUGAUAACGAGAACAGACCCAUUCGUUGGAUGGCCUUGGAGACUCUCCAGCACAAUCAGUAUAGCACGGCGACGGACGUGUGGUCGUUCGGAGUGUUCCUGUGGGAAUUGGCGACGAUGGGCCAGCAACCAUACGUCGAGGUGGAUCCUUUCGAAAUGAUGGCGUGUCUUCGAGAUGGUUAUCGACUGGCCCAACCGAGGCCAUGCCCGGACGAAUUUUUCGCCGUAAUGGCCGUCUGUUGGUUAGGCCUUUCCAGAGACCGGCCGACCAUGCCUCAACUUCUCGCCUAUCUACAAGACUUUCACGAUGCCCUGGGCGGCUUCGUUUAAAAUAUUUAUACUCGAACGUCUCACGGUGUUCCUUGAAACAGCGAAGCACUCUGGAAUGAUAUGUUCGGAUCACGUCGCGGAACCUUUCCGUCAACGUCCCUCGCGAGAGUUCUGAACGCAAGAAAGAGGAUUCAACGUGAGCGGGAAUCAAAACGAAGACUCAUCGAGAGAGAGACUCACGAUAAAGAUAGCUCGGCGACGAAUGACGAAUUUUUUGAAAGUAACCAACACCGCCCAGAAGGGCGUGGUUUUUCAUUAAAAAAAGGAAAGAAAAACCAGACUCGAAAGUGGAGAUGCAAUCGUAUGGAAUUGAAAAUCACUGCCCAUUUGCAAUCGUACAGAAUUGAAAAUCACUGUCCGUAUUAUUGA